AUGAUUUAUGACACUGCCCACUAUAUGCGGACGCCCUAUCAGCUCUCAUCCAUCUGGGCCAAUCACAUCCCAGCUCGUCCUUCUUUAGCUUCAGCAGAGAGGCGACUGUCAUUACGUCCUGACGAAGGGAGCGUGCCCCGGAAACGCGUUGACACCACAGAUUGUGGUUUAAUCAUUUAUGAAAAGGAGCCUUGUGGAUUACAGUAUAUUUCCGGUGAGGUAUUAUCUGCACUUUCACAAGCAUGGCAAAGGAAGUGUGACACUGGAGAUGCCAAAGGUCAAUGGAUUGUCCCAUGCAUGAACUGCUCCGAUAACAGGACAUGUGACUGGAGGGCAAUAACUUGGCAGCCUUAUCAGUGUUAUCAUCCAGUGCUACCUAGGACUGAGCUACAGCAGUGUGCAAAGGACAGAAAGAUCCUUUUCAUUGGAGAUUCCACCAAUAGAGGUAUGAUGUAUUACCUGACAGAAAGAGUUAAUGGAACACUACAGGAGUGGCAAAAAACUCACGACAUGAAAGUAUUUGAUAACAUAAAUUAUGGCAGAACAAAUAUUAGUUAUUCUUACUAUCCACAAUUUUGGAUUGAUGUCAAACAACGUCCAACAUUUGAAGAAGCAUUAGAACAUCUCCUUGAAAGGUCCCGUCCUCUUAACAACACAAAUCACACCGUACUGGUUGUAGGAGGAGUACAAUGGCUAAAUUCAGAUCACUUGAGAAUUAUACACAAUGUAUUGGAAAGGAAAAAUCUGCCUGCUAUUUUGGUAAUCAUAAAAUCUAUAGGAAUGGGCUUUCAUCUGCCAGUACGUGGUAUUCGCUCCCUAACACCUGUGCAAGUAAAACAGCUGUCCGAAGAAAACAAACUAAUCCUAAAGACUGCUACACUUUAUGGAUAUGAAGUAGUGGAUACAUUUAGUAUCACUAUGGGACGAUAUAAGGAAUUCUUACGUGGGAAAUGUGGAUGCCACUAUCAUGAGGUUGUGAAAACCAAGAAGGAAAACAAAAUGAAGCUAUUAAAGAGUUAUACACUUGGCGGCAAAAACUUUCCUCGAGUCCCAGACAUUCCGUCAAAUCUGAAAUCCCUAUAUCAUGUUCAGGGUCCAGUAAAUCAAGUCUAUUCUGAAAUCCUUCUCAGCAGAAUAUGUGCAUGAAAAUGGAAGAUGACAAUGAAGCAUGAAGAGCACUGACAGCUCAGCCAGAUAUGUCCCACUGGGGUGGUGAGUAGUUUGGACACAACACAAGCCUUCCCAAUUGGCUGUCGACAGUCAAGUUAAGACAUGUAGAUGUUCUCUGGACUUUAUGGAUUCAAGACAUCGCCACAUAGAUAUGUAGUUUUAUACUUGAAGAUGGAAA